CCGAACGCACUCUCUGUAGUGCGUAUGCGCGAGAAAGUAGUUCGUCUAACUAUAUCUGUUAUUGGAUCCCAGUAUAUUUUGUAAUUAUUAAAGGAGUGGUGGAUGGAAUGUGGAUAUUGUGGAUGUGAAUGUAGUUAUAUUUAUUACAUUUGUCAAUUAGAGAGACGUUGUCAUCGGGUUAACCCGUGUUCCUGCUGAUUCAUACGAUCUGGAGAUCUGCGAGUCCACGAGGAGACUUUUCAAACGGUUCAGUUGGUUUGUCUCGAUCUUAAAUUCGUGGUUCGACAUGUCAAAUCCAUCAGAGCGUAUUAAUUACAUGCAAGACAGCAGCAGUGACACAGAGACUGAUUACAAAGAGACAGAUGCAAGAGGGAGACACUUAUAUAAGAACAGACUGAGUUGUGGUGGCUCAUCGAAGCCGAAAUCUUGUCUGGUACAGAGGGACAGCAGUGGCGAUCGACAUUUUUUCAUUUCCGGAAAUUACCGGAGAAAUUCGCAUGGCACGAAACCCGUUAACAGAAUUCGAUCGAAUGUCAAUAUGACCAAACAAAAUCAGAAUCAAAACCAAAACAAUAGCAGAGAUAACGCAAUAUCGGGAGGAUCGGCAACAGCAUCUACUACCGGGAUUAGCAAUCAACCAACUAGUGAUGAAAGAAUCACUCUCAUCGUUGAUAAUACCAGAUUUAUCGUUGAUCCAGCUUUGUUUACAGCGCAUCCUAACACAAUGUUAGGUCGUAUGUUCAGUUCGGGCGUGGAAUAUGCUCAGCCUAAUGAACGCGGUGAAUACGAAGUCGCCGACGGAAUUUCUGCUAUGGUUUUCCGCGCCAUCUUGGAAUAUUAUAAGGGUGGAGUAAUUCGAUGUCCUCCGACUGUAAGUGUUCAGGAAUUACGAGAAGCUUGCGACUACUUGCUAGUACCUUUUGAUGCUAGCACAGUAAAAUGCCAAAAUCUUAGAGGAUUGCUACACGAAUUGUCGAAUGAAGGUGCACGCUGCCAAUUUGAAGUAUUUUUGGAGGAUCUAAUCUUGCCAUUGAUGGUGAACAGCGCGCGACGUGGUGAUCGCGAGUGCCACAUUGUUGUACUGCUAGAGGACGAUGUUGUCGAUUGGGAUGAGGAAUAUCCUCCUCAAAUGGGAGAAGAAUAUUCUCAAACUGUUAAUAGUACGGCAAUGUAUCGCUUUUUCAAGUAUAUUGAGAACCGGGACGUGGCCAAGCAAGUAAUGAAGGAGCGUGGUCUUAAGAAAAUUCGUCUAGGUAUCGAGGGAUACCCAACUUACAAAGAAAAAGUGAAGAAACGCGCUGGUGGCCGUGCCGAGGUCAUCUACAAUUACGUUCAGCGACCUUUUAUCCACAUGUCUUGGGAAAAAGAGGAAGCAAAGAGUCGUCACGUUGAUUUCCAGUGCGUUAAGUCCAAGUCGGUGACGAAUCUUGCUGAAGCCACAGCUGAUCCCGUUCUAGAUGCCGCUGGAAAUCCUAUGCUUCUUCAAGCCGCUGAGGGAGCAGUCUCUCAGCCGGAAGUGGUCGGGCUUCCUAUGGGUUCGGAUGCCGAUGUGGAUGGGCCAAUGGGAUCUGGCGAUCAAGACUUGGGUCCGCUACCGUCUGACGAGCUACCAUAAAAGACAGAAAUAAAUUAGGAUUUUUUAAAUUUUUGAAAAAGAUCUUGGAAACAAAUUUUGUUUUGAAAACAAAAAAAAGAAAUAUUUAUAAAAUCCUUAAAAAAGAUCUUAAAAAAAAUUUGUUGUUUCCAUUUUGACAAAUUGAAUUCUGAAAAUUGGAGUGAGGAGACUGGAUUUUUAAAAGACUGAGGUGCAUUUGACUUGGAUCAUUACAACUGACUCUGAAGGUUUCAGAAAUAUGUUGGAUCUUAAAAAUGGAGGAUGUUAUACACUAAGGCUGGGUUCGGGAAGACGCUAUUAGCGCUAAAAGUAUCAUUCUAUCCUUGUUGCUCAGUGAAUGUCGAAGAAAGAUAGAGCACGCUCACAGCGCCAAAAGCGUGCUCUCCGAAUCCAACCUAAGAAUUAUCUGAGAUACAUACCUGAAAAUUUUGCAGCUCAAAAAAAGGAGCGAAUCGAUUAUUUACAAGGUAAUUUCUGUUUUUUCGAUGUCGUGGAAUUUAUACAAUCUUAUAAAAAAAUUUAUAUUGAAAAAUUUACGAAAAGAAAUAAUUUUGAUUGUAUUACUUUGUGAACAAGAAUUUAUUUGUUAUUAUUUUACUAUUAAUUGCUUUUUUUUAAGGUUUAUAUUAUUACAUGGUUUAUGCGAUUAUGCUUAAGAACCAGGAUUUAUCGAAAAACUUAUCAAGAUAUCAUGCACUCCAGUCUUUAUGAUUCAACGUUUUGCGUUUUUUUGCGGUGCUUUUUUGUGUUCUGAAUCUAUACAAUUCUAUUUAAAAAAAAAACGAAGAAACAUUUUUAAUUAAUGAUAAUACGAAUAUUUUUUUUUGGUCCUUCAAGGUAUGUAUGAUCUUGUUUAAGAAAAAAGACUUAUAUUAAGAUUAAAUGUGAAUUUCUUUGUCUAACAUCUCUUGUCGUCGAGUUUUUCGCAAACUGCAAUUUUGUGUAUAUAAGCGUUUAUAUUAUAUAUAUUAUGUAUAAAUUUACUUGUAUUAUGUAUAUAAUUGCGAAUACGAUCGAUGUAUUAUUAUCGCAUCUUCUACUACCAUCGGUCUUUCCCAUUUUAUACUAUUAUAAUAAAUACAGUUUAAUACGCGAUUUCUUUUUUGAAUAAAUUUUUGCCCUUUUUAUACCUUAAAACGCUUGUUUUCCUUUUAUUACAAAUUUUUUUAAGGGCUUAUUAAAGCGUUUUUUAAUACACCGAAAAUUUAUCAGGAAUGUAUAGACAACUUUGAAAAAAAUUAUAACCAAGGAAAAUUGGCGUACAUUUACAUGAAUAUUUUAAUUAUUUAUUUCAAAAUAUUUAAUCUAUCUUGAGGAUCAUAAGACCUCUUUCAAACGCAAAAUUUAUAUUGUCUGUUUUUUACAAUUUUAUAUUUAAUUUUAACUCUGACAGUAUUUACGUUUUCAAGAGAAAAUUUUUUGAGAACAUAUAUAAAAAAAGCUAUAAAAAUAUUGUGCAUACAUAUGUACAGAAACACAUUGUAAAUAGAGGUUUUAACUCUUUACACGAAUAAAGCAUAUAUCUAUUA